UUUGUCAGGGGACUUUGGGGCUUGGUAGUGUCUCUUGAGCGCUGUUUCAAGAUUCAUCUUGAGAAGGUAGCAGCAGUACAUUUACCGCUCAAAGUGCGUCCGGAGCGUAAGGCGUGGGCGUUGGAGCCCUGACUCAAAAGAUACCCGAUCCUCUGUGUUUUUACCGGGCCGACGGUCGUUUCGCAAGGGCUUGGCAAGAUGAGUGACAGGAGUCGACUAACGGGAAAGAUUGCAGAUGAAACUUUGAUUGAGAUGAGCCGGAACUCCCUAUGUGAUGAGGACAACAACGGUUUCCCCCACGACCCUGACGACUAUCCCCAGCCUGACGCUUCCGGGGUUGACAAGCAUCAACAGAGUAAGGACUCUGUGUUCUUCCGUGAUGGAAAGAGGAGGAUUGACUUCAUCCUGUCCUAUGUGGAUGACCGAGACGGAGAGAGGAAACAGGAGAGGCGCAAGGAGUAUGAAGCUAACCUACAGAAGGCAGGUCUGGAGCUGGAGACAGAGGAUCAAUCGGAGUCAGAUGACGGUAAGACAUACUAUGUGAAGAUCCACACUCCAUGGGAUGUGCUGGCCACCUAUGCCGAUGUCCUCAAGAUCAAGGUUCCUUUCAAGGCCAACGACAUCCCCGCCCACAAGGACAUUCCCAUUAACUGGCUGUUCACUCCCUUCCGUCUACCGAACCACAUUAUGAAUCCUGAACCAGACUACUUCACCUCACCCUUCAACAAGGAAAAGAUCGACUUCUUCCUUAUCGAUGACAAGGAGACCUUCUUCCCUCCCUCUGUCCGCAACAGGAUAGUGUAUUAUAUCCUGGCCCGCUGUGCGUACCACAAGGAGGACAGUGAUGACAAGAACAAGAAGGGCAUCAAGCGUCUGCUCAACAACGGGACCUACGGGGCUGCCUUCCCACUACAUGAUUCUCGGUACUGGAAGGCAUCCAGAGACCCCAACAGUGAGAGUGAGAGAUUCAGCCUCUACAGACACUGGGCCCGGUUCCUCAGUUUCUUCAAAGAGCAGCCUCUCAAUUUGAUACGGAAGUAUUACGGGGAGAAGAUUGGGAUCUACUUUGCCUGGCUGGGUUUCUACACUGAGAUGCUGUUCUUCGCUGCGGUAGUCGGCCUGAUCUGUUUUCUCUAUGGAUUGUUCACCUUCGAUGACAACAUCUGGAGUAAAGAAAUCUGCAGUGAGGAGAUUGGAGGCAACAUUAUCAUGUGUCCUCUGUGUGAUAAGACGUGUGGCUACUGGAAGCUCAACUCAACGUGUAACUCAUCCUGGCAAUCGCAUAUGUUUGACAAUGUGGGGACAGUUUUCUUUGCCAUAUUCAUGGGGAUUUGGGUGACUCUGUUCCUGGAGUUCUGGAAGCGCCGGCAGGCCCGGCUGGAGUAUGAGUGGGACCUGGUGGACUUUGAGGAAGAGCAGCAGCAGCUUCAACUACGACCAGAGUACGAGAUCAAGUGUACCAGCCGCAGACUCAACCCCGUCACACAGGAGAUGGAACCAUACUUUCCCGCAAAAUCCCAGUGUGCUCGUACAUUCCUGUCUGGAGCCACCGUCAUAUUCUGGAUCUCCCUGAUCAUAGCGUGUAUCAUCGGGGUGAUAGCGUACCGUCUGGCGGUGUACGCGGCGUUUGCUAGCAUCAUGAAGGACAGCCCCACCAAUAACAUCCAAAUGGUGGGCUCCAUCAUCACCCCUCAGCUCGCCACCUCUGUCACCGCUUCCUGUAUCAACUUCGUCAUCAUCAUGAUCCUCAAUGUGAUGUAUGAGAGAGUGGCCAUCUGGAUCACUGACAUGGAGAUUCCCAAGACGCACCUGGAGUACGAGAACAAGCUGACGGUGAAGAUGUUUCUGUUCCAAUUCGUCAACUACUAUUCUUCCUGUUUCUACGUGGCCUUCUUCAAGGGGAAGUUCGUCGGCCGUCCCGGAGACUACAUCUACAUGUUCGGCUGGAGCAAGCUGAGGAACGAGGAGUGUGACCCAGGUGGAUGUCUCAUUGAGCUGACCACUCAGCUGGUCAUAGUGAUGGCAGGCAAACAGGUGUGGGGUAACAUCCAGGAAGCUCUGGUCCCGUGGCUACUGAACUGGUGGGGGAGCCGUAAAGCCCGUAGCCACCCUGAGAGCCUGUACAGCCGCUGGGAGCAGGACCAUGACCUGCAGAACUUUAGCCAUCUGGGUCUUUUCUAUGAGUACUUGGAGAUGGUGAUCCAGUUUGGUUUCAUCACUCUGUUCGUGGCCUCCUUCCCUCUGGCUCCCCUGCUGGCGCUGUUGAACAACAUUAUAGAAGUUAGAGUGGAUGCCUGGAAGUUCACCACCCAGUUCCGCCGGCCCGUGGCGGCCAAAGCCCACAGCAUCGGAGCCUGGCAGGAAAUACUGAACGGAGUUGCCGUUUUCUCAGUCGUCACCAACGCUUUCAUCGUGGCCUUCACAUCAGACAUGAUUCCCCGGCUGGUGUACAUGUAUGCUUACAGCCCUGGCAACGAUCUCUCUAUGAAGGGCUACAUCAACAAUAGUCUGUCCGUGUUCAACAUCUCUGGGUUCUCCGAGGAGAACCGGCCUGAUGACGGAGAGAGCCCUGAAUGGUUCAACAGCUCUGUCAUCACCACCUGCAGGUACCGUGACUACCGCUACCCACCAGGCCAUGAGAAGCAGUACACUCACACCAUGCAGUUCUGGCACAUCCUGGCUGCCAAGCUGGCCUUCAUCAUUAUCAUGGAGCACGUGGUGUUCAUGGUGAAGUUCUUUGUGGCGUGGAUGAUUCCUGACGUUCCCGCGGAGGUGAAGGCCAGGGUCAAGCGGGAACGUUACCUCAUCCAGGAGUACCUCCAUAACUACGAGGUGGAGAAUCUGAAGAUCCAGCUCAGCCACAGGAACGAUGACUGCUCCUCCAACCCCGUGGACUAUCCCGACAUACGCCGGCGCGAAGUGUUGUCCGAGUGUCUCUAGCACCCGUCCUCGCCCUCCGCCCACUCAUUUGAUUUUGGCUCGUGUUCAUUAGGGCACACGACGGAAAACUUUUUAAAACGUUUUUCAACAGGAAAUUUAAAUUAGCGUUUUGUUAUUGGACAAGUCCGAGAUAGGACAAUUCCCAGUUUUGUUCCGUUUGGUGCCUAAUGAACAAGACCCCGUUCAGAUUGGGCUGGGGCCUGGGCUGGUCUUAAGGAGAUUCUCUAUAAACUACCCUGAACGGUGGAAGAUCUGUACGGGCUCUGUCUGCUGGUGGAGUGUAGAGGGAAAUCCUCACAGAAAUAGCGCUUUGAGUACCUCAGUGGGUAGAAAGGGCACUAUACAAAUCACAUUCAUUAUCCUCAUCAUCAUUAAAUACAAGACAAUACUACAUUUAGUGUGACAUGUUUAAAGCGGUGCCAGAUCUGCCCAUGUGUGGUCUAUGGAUUUCACAUCUCAUCUUCAAUCAACCACCAUUCACUUCCAUUCACACUAACAUACUAAGGCUGUGUUUACACAGGCAGCUCAAUUCUGAUCUUGUUUUUUUUUUACACUAAUUGGUGUUUUGACCAAUCACAUCAGGUCUUUUCACAUAAGAUUUUUUUUCAGAGCUGAUCUAAUUGGUCAAAAGACCAAUUAGUGGGGGGAGAAAACAUCAGAAUUGUGUUGCCUGUGUAAAUGCAGCCUACUAGAUGCAGACUACAGCAAUAGAGUCCUUCUGACUGACAACAUGCGGAAGCGUGGAGCUGGGAAACAUGGCUGCUUGCAUGGCUGUACCUGUAAUACUCUUGAUUUUAAAUCCCCGGUGUUGGGGCGGUAAAGCAUUACAAAAUAAGGCGUUAGAGUACUCAGAAUACUUUUUUGUGGUAACGAGUAAACUAACGCGUUCGUUUUUAAAUGUAAGUAGUCCGUUACUUAGUUACUUUUUCAAAUAAGUAAUUUUACAAUAUUAUUUCUAAUUUUCUUUGUUAGCUGGUAGUUAGCUAGCGAGAUGGCAAAGACAACAGCCUUUAUUGUGGAAGUAUUUACAUUAGUUUGAACUGGUAGAAGAAAAUGACAGACGUUACCCCUUGACUCUUGACUGAAGGCGCUUGCAGGAUUCACACGCCUCCAGGAUUUUUCUCAUUUAUUGUCUUGUAAUAAAACAAACCGCGUAGCGAGGUUAUCAAGUUAGGCUCAGUCGAUAAGAGUGGACAUUUAUCCUGCUCCGUCUUCACCAUUAAUUAUACAGGAAAGGGCACUACAAUUGCACAAUGUAAUCGUAUAGUUUCAUAAAAUCAAGUUGGUAUCUGUGUGUAAUAACAGAUUGGUAGCCUGAUGUCGUUAAAUUUGAGCUGACCUUUUACUGAGCCCAGUUGGUUUUAUAUAGGUAUUUGUAAAUGAGAUAUUGCGUCUUGUCAAUAUUACUUGAGUUAGGCCACGGACAUUAGGCUAUGCAAGCCAUUCAAAGGUAGUGUGCGCCCUCUACUGGGCAUAAGAAGGAAUGACCAACACGUACUCGUUCUCUUCAGAGGGUUGUUUUUGGAAACGCAAAAGUUACUUUCCGUUCUUUUAAUGCAAGUAACGUUAUAACGUAACUCAUUUCUUUUAAAAGUAACAUUCCCUGUAAAUCGUUAUGUCCAUUUCAUAUUCAUAUCUCCUCUCCCUUAUAAAUGCAAUCUCUAUUAAAUUAUUGUACUCUGAAGAAGUGAUGAGACUUUGCUGGUCAUUCACGAUCACAAUGCUGUACAAACACUGUGUUAAGGCCAGGCAGCUUUAGCUAGCUCUCAGCCUAUCACACCAAUGCAAUCACUGUGUUCAUUUUGAUACUAUAAGCAACCAAAGACAAAAUGCCUUAAUAUUUGUACAAAUUCAUUGUUAAAUGAGUAAAGAGGCUACCGUUUGUUAUAUUUUGAAGUAAUAUCAGUUGAACGUUUCAACGUAUUUACUAAUUUUCUGCAACUAGCCAACUUAGCUUCUGUCCAAGGCCAAGUAUCAGACGAUAUGUGAAAAGUAUUACUUUAUUCACAUAUCGUCUGAUACUUGGCCUCAGCAAUCAUCUCCUUAUUUCAGAAGUCAGGAUUUGGGCAGGAGAGGAGAGUGGGCAGUAGCAGCUGGUGUUUACUGUUGACUGUGUGUGUUCUGUUCUUUAAAGAUGACUGAGAGAGAGAGAGAGAGAUGAAAGAGAGGAGAUCAAUCCCUUUUUAAUGUGCCUCUGUUUACCCCAUCAUUAGCGCUAAUGACAGCUUCGCUUGUCCUCACCUACUGGGGCUAGUCAUGUCCCUCAUACCGCCAUACCUCACUCACUCUCCUCUCUAUCUCUCUCUCUCUCUCUCUCUCUCUCUCUCUCUCUCUCUCUCUCUCUCUCUCUCUCUCUCUCUCUCUCUCUCUCCUUCCAUCCACAACACAUCUCUCUCUCUCUCUCUCUCGCUCUCUGUCUGUCUCUGUCUGUCUCUCUCUCUCUCUCUGUCUCUCUCUGUGUCUCUGUCUGUCUCUCUCUCUCUCUCCUUCCACAACACAUCGCUCUCUCGCUCUCUCUGUCUGUCUCUCUCUCUCUCCAUCCACAAUACAUCGCUCUCUCUCUCUCUCUCGCUCUCUCUGUCUCUCUCUCUCUCUCUGUCUCUCUCUCUCUCUCUAUCCAUCCAUCCAAAACACAGCAUUUAGCCUUUCAUCAUGACUGGUUAGAUUUUCUGGUUCUAUGUUCGUGAUGAAAAAAGAAAGAUAAACAUUAUUUUAUAGUUUUUUUUGCACAAAGCACUUAUAAAUGACACUAGCUGAUUGCUGAUCUGUUUCUGCUGUGUGACACGAAUGGAGUUGACGAGACAGUACAAACAGAUUAUUCACGGUGAACGCUGCAUACUGUAUGUCGGCUCAAAUUACUUUCGCGUUUCAAUUGCACUAUAUACCACAGAUCUUCAGUGCUACAGAUUGAAUCGAGCCCUUUAAUGUUGAUCCACAAGGAACAACCUAUUGUACUGUAGACGUUGAAGAGUUAUAAAGAAAUAUAUUUCAAAUGGAUCCCACCUUUUUAAAUCACACAUAAUUAUAUAUGUUUGGACUUGAAUCUAGAGUCAAAAAAGAAGGAGAAUAAGAAAACCGGUUGAAGCAUGUACAGUGAGUAAAUUGUGAAAUGUAUAAGCGUUCGUCUUUUAGUGUUUUUGGGUUUAUUGAAUGAAGGAUAUGUUUCUAAAUGUAUUAAUGUACUACCUAUGUAAGAAUAUCAACUUUAGAAGUAAUUGUUUUUCUUUAUGAUAGCUGGUUAUACCUCAAUCUCAGGCUGAACAUCCUAAUAAAGAAUGUUUGGUAUGAAAAAUAAACCCAAAUGUGUUUACAAUAUCAAGUGACAUGUAAACACCAGUGGCCUACAUUCGACUGAUCAAAUGUGCUUUCCAAUGCUGUGGGCUCUUAUGAAACUAAUGCUUGUUCGUGCCACAAAAUAUCACCACUUUAUAGACUUGCUUUUGUAUCCUAAAAGUAUCUCUUUGUUAAUUUCUUAUGUUUUUCCCUCUUAAAUAUCUGUUUUCAUCCUUUUCUGGAUGUUUUAUUGGUCAUUUAUUUUAUUACAUAAAUCUGUAUUUAAAAAAUUAAAAUAAAAACUCAUAUUGAUGUUGGAUCUUGAUUUAGAAAAAUGGGGUGUUUUUAAUUUGUCUGGCUCUUUCUAUAAUUGUAUUGUGAUACACUGCUCAUGUAUGCGCGAUAGUUUUCACUGUUGGACUGUAUUAUGCCUCAAAUGUAAAGUGAAUAAAUUGCCAAACAAUUACCAAUA